UUCUAUAUUUGGAACUGUCUAAUGUCUAUGCAGUUGUUCGUAAAUCUUGCCGUCUGACCACAAAUUAAUGAGUUUAGAAUGAGUGUAGAUGAAGUUUAGAUCUUAUUAUAGAAUGUUAUGACACCUUAAUGUCAAAUUCACGCACUGUAGAAUCGGGCUUUGUUUGAAGAGAAAUGCUAAUAAUGCUGCAGUAAAAUAUUUUGCUAAUUACCAGGUAAUUGUUUAUUUCUUUAGGCUAUACAGUUAUUUCAGAUAUAUUUGAAUCUUCUAAAAUCUAGGAUGUGAAUAGCAAACUUAUUGAAUUUUUGUCAUUAGAAUUUCCGAUUUGUUCAGUGUAAUAGAUAUAGUUAAGGGGUUUUCGUGUAGAAUUGUUCAUUUGUGUAGGAUUUUGAAGGUAAACUACCCAGACACUCAAUGACCCCUUUAUGCAUUUGUGAAUGGGGCACUGCAAGGACUCUAUGACUUGACCGGGAAGAAUUUGUGUGGGGGCAUCAGUGAAUGAAUGAAAAGGUGGAUGAUUGGACUUUAACCUCCAUCAGAAUGUGAACAGAUAUGGUAGUGGGACAAGAUGAACAUCAGCAGGCGACUCGCUGCCCUUAGAGCCAGUAAAGAUGGUCGCUCCGAAGAAUGUGAAUCGCUGUCGCUAGCCAGACAGCUCAGUAACCCGAAUCAGAAAUCCUGGAUUGAAAAGACAUUCUACAAAAGAGACUGCAUAAAAUUUAUCAAAAGUGCUAGAGAUGCAGGAAGGUGCUGCUGUGGCAGACCGGCCAGUUGGCAUACAGCAGAGGUCAAACCAGGGUCAACAGAGAGCUCCACCCCCAUUGAGAGGUGGCACCCCUAUACACACACGGAGACACUGCCCACCGAUGCCUAUGGUACUUUGGAAUUCCAGGGGGCUCCCCACCCCAGUAAAGCUCAGUAUGUGAGACUGAGCAGCUUUGACACAAAGGCUGAGAAUGUCCUUCAACUGUUGACCAGACACUGGGGGCUAGAGCUUCCCAAACUCCUCAUCACCGUCCAAGGGGGAAUCCUCAACUUUGACCUCCAGCCCAAGCUCAAACGAGUGUUCCGCAAAGGUCUUCUGAAGGCCGCCAAAACCACUGGAGCCUGGAUCAUCACUGGAGGGACCAGUACCGGUGUGACGAGGCACGUUGGGGAUGCCAUAAGUGACAGAGCUACUAAACUGAAGAACAAGGUUGUAGCCAUCGGCAUCGCUCCAUGGGGAAUUGUCGAAAACAAAGAGGAGCUGAUUGGAAAAGAUGUUGUUGUUCCGUAUCACUGUGUUUCUUCACCUAAAAGUAACUAUGCAGUUUUGAACAGCAAUCACUCCUACUUCCUGUUAGUUGACAAUGGAACUGUGGGAAAAUAUGGAGGAGAAAUUAUCUUCAGAAAGAGGCUGGAAAGGUUCAUUGCACAGCAAAAAAUAUCCAUAACCAGUGGCGUCCAGGGUCGUGGUGUGCCGGUGAUUUGUGUGGUGCUGGAGGGUGGUGCCAACACCAUCCGUUCGGUGCUGGAGUAUGUCACAGACAAACCGCCGGUUCCAGUGGUGGUGUGUGAUGGUAGUGGUAGAGCCGCAGACCUGCUGGCAUUUACCCACAAAUAUGCCCAAGAAGAUGGGACAAUGGUGGAAAGCUUGAGAGACCAGCUAAUUUUGACAAUUCAGAAAACUUUCCAGUACUCACCAGAGCAGGCAGAGAAAUUGUUUCUGGAGCUCAUGCUAUGUGUGAAGAAAAGAGAAUUGAUCACUGUGUUCAGGAUGGGGGAGGGAGCCCAGGACAUUGAUCUGGCCAUAUUGACUGCUCUCCUUAAAGGAACCAAUGCCAGCGCCCCUGACCAGCUGAGUUUGGCCUUGACCUGGGACAGAGUAGACAUAGCCAGGAGUCACAUUUUUACCUAUGGCCAGGAGUGGCCUGAAGGUUCCCUGGAACAAGCCAUGAUGGAUGCACUCAUUAAUGACAGGGUAGACUUUGUCAAGCUGUUGCUGGAAAAUGGAGUCAGUAUGCACACAUUCCUGACCAUUCCUCGGCUGGAGGAACUCUACAACACUAGACAAGGUCCUGCAAACACACUGCGAUAUCUAAUCAGGGAUGUAAGAAAGCAUGUGGUGUCGACCUACAACUACACAUUGAUUGACAUAGGAAUGGUGAUCGAGCACCUGAUGGGUGGAGCCUUCAGGUCGACGUACUGCAGGAAGCGAUUCCGACAGAAGUACAACGCUCUCAGGAGAAAUAACACGGCUGGCAACCUGCACAGCAUAGUGAUCGACCUACCUCUGAUGAUAGACACGAAGGAGGCCCAGGAGCUGUUUCCUUACCCCUUCCACGAUCUGAUGAUCUGGGCCGUCCUGAUGAAGCGCCAGAAGAUGGCGCUCUUUAUGUGGCAGCAUGGAGAGGAGGCCAUGGCCAAGGCCUUGGUGGCGUGUAAACUGUACAAGUCCAUGGCACACGAGGCGGAUGAAGACAACCUUGAAGUGGACAUCUCAGAACAAUUCCUCAACGACGGAAAGGAGUUUGAGAAGCUAGCGCUGGAGCUACUGGAGCACUGCUACAAGAUAGAUGACGACUACACCCAGCAGUUACUGACCUACGAACUCAAGAACUUCUCGGACCAGACCUGCCUCAGUCUGGCCGUUGACGCCAUGCACCAGGACUUUGUGGCUCACACCUGUUGUCAGACCCUGAUUAACGACCUGUGGAUGGGAGGUCUACGCAUGAGGAAGAACAGCAGUCUGAAGGUGAUUGUGGGAAUUUUCAUUCCUCCGUAUGCCAUGGCCCUAGAGUUUAAGACAAAGGAGGAACUACAGUUGAUGCCUCAGACAAUGGAGGAGCACCUUGAGGAGCUCGAGGACGACGACAGUGACACUGAGGACCUGUCCUUUAGCUCGCUAGACGAUGACAACGUUCAUGAGUACCCUAGCAUUUACACCAUCUCUGAUUCCCAGUCUGCCACUCAACUCAGUAUCAAUGGACACUCCAACGGGAAACUCAAACAAGCCCUAAACAAUCACAAGAGCAUGUACUGUGAUGACAUGAACAUGGACUCGACUCAGAUUAAGGGGCAGGAGAAUGGGAGUUGUCUCGUGGACACCAGCAGCACCAUGGAUUACUCGCACAUGCAGAACAAGAAGAAAAAAAGUCCUCUCAGGCUAGGCAAGAAGAUCUACGAGUUCUACAACGCCCCCAUCGUAAAGUUCUGGUUCUACACGUUGACGUACUUUGCUUUCCUGGCUGCUUACACCUUUGUCGUUCUUGUCAAAACCUACCCACAACCCACUUGGCCCGAGAUCUUUCUAAUGACCUACGUUUUCUCUCUAGCAAUUGAGAAAUUCAGACAAAUAGUGGCAUCGGAACCGGUGAAGAUCAGUUUAAAGUUACGUGUGUUCUUUAGUCAGUACUGGAAUAUAUGGGACUUGGUGGCCAUCUUGAUGUUUUCUACGGCAGUCGGUUUACGAAUGUACAAUGAAACGAGACAAGCGGCAAGGAUCAUAUACACGCUGAACAUUGUGUUCUUCUAUAUCCGUAUACUGGAGAUUCUGUCUGUGAACCAGUACUUGGGGCCCUACGUCAAAAUCAUCGGAAAACUGCUGCGGGACAUGUCUUACUUCCUGAUUAUCAUGUUGUUAGUGGUGAUGAGUUUCGGAAUCAUCCGUCAAGCGGUGCACUUCCAGAAUGAAGAGCCUUCGUGGUUCCUAGUUAGAAACAUGUUCUACUAUCCAUACUGGAUGAUAUACGGAGAGUUGUUUGCUGAUGAAAUAGACACUUGUACAGACCCUAUCCGGCACCCCGAAGGCUGUGUGUAUGGAUCAUGGGUGGCCCCCUUCUGUAUGUUUGUUUUCCUCCUCAUCUCCAACAUUCUUCUUGUCAACCUGCUCAUUGCCAGAUUCAAUGCAACUUUCAUUCGAAACAACGCCAAAUCUCGGGAGAUCUGGAAGUUCCAGCGUUACCAGCUGAUUGUGAAUUACGAGCUGCGACCCAUCCUCCCCCCACCCUUCACGUUCAUUAGUCAUAUAUACCUCACAUUCAAGUACAUCAUUCGAAGGUGUAAAGGCAAAAGGGAUUUCUUUGACAAUGGACUAAAGUUGUUCUUGUCCCCUGAUGACAAGGAGAAGCUUCACGAUUUCGAGGAAGAGUGCGUGGAGGAUUACUUCCGCUACAAAGAUUACAAAUUCCAGUCAUCAUCUGAUGAACGAAUCCGGGUCAUCAACGAAAGAGUUGAAAACAUGACCAUGAGAAUGGACGACAUCAACCAAAAAGAGAACUCCAUCAAGCUCUCGCUGCAGACCAUGGAUUACAGGAUGUCAAAGCUGGAGGAUGUGGCGCUCCAGACCAACGACACCUUGUCAGUCCUACGGACCUACAUGGCCAGAAGUGUCCGCCAUUUCAGUGGAGCAUCUUUUGGGAGUCAGAUGCACGAACCCAGCCUAGAGAGCCAGGACUCCAUCAUAGAAAACGACAUGGUCAUGUACGAGUCAGAUUCCUCUCCUUCUAAGGAAACGGACCUGGAAGCAUCGGACACGACUACUCCCUCAUUUACACUGGGCACGGAUUCCCCAACGAACACUUCCGUGGAGACCAACUCCACCAUGCGUAGCAUUCCCUCUCCAUUGUUAGUGCACACCAAAAAACCACUGAAGGAGGAACAGCUGGGCAAGGUCACUGAUUUUUCCAAACAGCAGAAACCACCCUCUAAACGGAAACUGCUGGAUCAAGGUCUGUUGAAGAGUCAGAAGUUGAUGCCUCUUCAGGAGUCGAGUCCAGUUCAGGAAUUCAAUGAAGGCAUUUCAUUGACUCAGCGCAGACAUGUGUCAACAGAACUAAGUGUGAACAUAGAGCUGGCUAAUGGAGGCGCUACGUCUGCUCCAGCAGCGACUCAUGCAUCAGAGGUGGAGAAGAACACAAACCAGUCCUCUCUCUACUCCACUGCUAGCAUUUCUUCAGACACUCAAACCUCUACUGGACUACCCAGUGGCGGAAUCGAUUCCUUUGCCAAUUCAGACAUGCAAAUGAGAAUUUCUCCAGGAAGUUCACGCCCUCCGUCAUCUCCCAGAAUCUCAAUAACCUCGGCCGUGUAUGGGCAGAGUAAGAAUGCUUUCCUAGCUCCCACUUCUGUGUCUCAGAUGACACCCAUUCUCACAUCCAUAAGUUCAGAAUACACCACAAUUACAGAUGAAAUAGACACUUCUUGUGUGGUCGACAAGAGCCCGCCAGGAAGUCCCAGUUCUUCUGGAACAUUUUUCGGAGAGGGAACAUCAGACAUGGAGAAAAAGCGAAAACAGUCCGAUGUGGUCACAGUGGAAAAUGUGAGACUGAAAAACGCAGAGGAACUACAGCAUCGCAAGAUGGAGCGCCUGAUUCAACAUCGACUGCGACAGAUUUCUCUGGACGAGUCGGAUUGCAUUAGUGAUAUCGCUAAACUGGUGGUCAGUGAUAUGAACCAGCAAGAGGAGAAUCACUCAGGACAGGAGGAGGAGGAGGAGGAGAAUUCAGAGGACAUGAAUGGAUCCAUGGAGAGCCUGGUCAUUAAUCAGGCCACGGUCACCUCAGAAGUCAUCGAGAUCAAGAUCCGACGUCCAUCCCAAGACAUAGAACCUGCCAAGGAAUGAUGCUGGCUCUAGUUAGACGCCCGUUUCUGUUAGAGUAGUUUUAUUUUUAGUGCAUUAUCUUGUUCAUUUCAUGCCAAAUGUACAGAUUUUUAUCAUAUUUUGUGUAAUCAACUUUAUGAUAUGGACAAAGCAUGCAAGUAUUUAUUGCAGAUCAUUUUUAAAAUGACUCAAAAUCAAGCAGAAUUUAAGGAAUCACAUUGUUUUCUGUAAUAAAAUACAAUCAGUUUCAUAAUACUUGUACAUGUUUAUAAUUAAGAUAAAAAGAAUUAAGAUUGUCACAUUAUUGAAAAAUGUAUCUGAUCUCUGUGCUCAAGAUUUAUUCUCUCUGUACAUAUUACGGUACUUAGAAGGUUCCAUGAGAACCCAAGUGCUAAAUUAUGUAGAGACAGUGCAAUCUAUGUCUGGGAGCUAGUUGUAAUAAGAGUUUUAUUUCUGAGGAUAAUGUGUGUACAUAAAGAAAUCUUAUAUAAAGAUAUUUAUGGGUGUUCAUUAUGUUUCGUCUGUGGGUGUUGAGGAUGUUUUGAGUUUUUACCAUCGGACUGUGAUAAAUACAAUCUGUGUCCAAAACCAGACCAGGUAUACGCUACUGAUUUUUACCUCUGUAUUGAGAAUUUCUUUCAUAGACUGACAUUGUUUGCUCACAACAAAUAUGGAUUAUAUAGUAUGGGUAUACGUCUUUCGGUAUGAAUAUAUAUGUAUAUAUAGAAUAUAUCUCCUUUUACAUGUACUACUUUAUUGCAAUUUACAUGCAAACACACACAAAUAUGACAUGAACAAAACUCUAUGGUUACCUUCUGCUGUUUUACAUGCAGCUGCUUCUGAUUAAACUGUGUGUGACAGCCCUUCUGAAGAAUAAUCUCACACAAACAAUUCACUAUUAUUCCUUAAUUCAUAAAAUUGUCAAGACAAUGACAAAAUCUGAUCAAAAUCAGGCAUGCUGAAUCUAAAAUAAUGUGUGCAGUUUGAUUCAGAUUUUUGUGCAAGAUUUUGUAUAUGCAUGAGGGAUGUUUUGUGGCAUCUAAAAUUCAUAUUUUUAUUAAUAUGCAUUAAGUUAUUUAACAUUUUUACUAUAAAUAUUUGAAUAACUAUAUUUAUACUUAUAUUCUCAAUCUUUACAUUAUUUCUAUAUGUUUCUUUUGUUUGUUUAGAUUCAAUUAUUAUUGCUGUUGGUUUUUUCUGAUUUCUUUCUCCAUUGUAUUUGUUUUCUACAUUAUGUAUCAAAAUUGAAAAAGAGUUAAGCCUCUAAUCAGAUUUUGUUUACAAAGAGAGUGCUUUUUGUUACCUUCUGUGUUGCAGUAGUAAAUUUUCUUGUCUUUUUUUUCUUGCAUCAAAUUUUUGCAUGGAAAAAGUAUGAAUAAUGAUGUUAUACUUUGUGAAGCAAACCAAACAGUGACGGACACUACUUUCAGUGAUGGUGCCAAAUCAUUUCCACAGGCAGUGUUAACCAGGACUUAUCAUAAGUCUGUUCAUGUUUGUUAGACACAUAUUUUAGUUUGUAAGAAAUUAUUGUACAAUGUACAAGGUUCUGUUAAACAGGUGUUCAACUUUUGUGUAGAAAACUGCUAUGUGCUUGCCAUUCUAGGAAAACAAUUGAAGUUUUCAGUAUGACUAAGUAAUAAGUUUGUUCUAGUUAUCUAUCUGAGGGUAUAAUUUCAUGCCAUAUAGUCACAUACAAGCGAGAUAUUUUGUGCUUGAUAUAUUGUUUUCACUACAAAGUUGUUUUGUUUUCAAUGGUGUUCAGCAUUUACCUCCCUUUUUUUUUGCUGCAUAUAAAUGGGUCAAUCUUCAGAAAAUUAAAAAAAAAUUGUUACAAAAUCCCUGAAUUUGUUACAAAGCAAUAAUAAAUUAAUGAAAAGACACAA